UUCUGAUUGGUCGAGCUCUCUUCCGUUUCCUGUGAUGCGCCUAGCCUAUCCACACACGUGAAGGUCAGUGUACAUUUCUGUCUCGUUUUUUUAGCGAUUUGUGCAUGAACAUGGAGAACCAAGGAGCAACAGCAGACCCUCAGCUUCAGCAAUUCAUCGAAAUCGAGUCCCAAAAACAAAGGUUUCAGCAGUUGGUCCAUCAGAUGACUGAAGUGUGUUGGGAGAAAUGCAUGGACAAACCUGGGCCAAAGCUGGACUCCAGGACAGAGAUCUGCUUUGUGAACUGUGUAGAGCGCUUCAUUGACACUAGCCAAUUCAUCCUGAACAGACUGGAGCAGACACAGAGGAGUAGGGGCUCCUUCUCAGAAUCCAUGUCUGAAUAGUCUAGCAACAACCUCCUCGACUGGAUGUACUGACAAGAUGCAGAACAGCCAAUCAAGAUGUGGCUUACAGCAAUACCAGCUUUCUAUAUGGUGCAAUGAGAACACUGUCCAAUAACCAGGGUGGGGAAGAAACAUGACGUUGUGAUAAAAGUGCCUUGGUUUUGCACCUUGUAUCAUGUCACCGAGACGAAUAAAGAGUCUUGGCCAAUUUAUCUCUCACCUAGCAGGACACAAGAUUAAUGCCGCGUUCACGUGCUAGUCGGAACUAGGAAACUCUGAAAUUUCCGACCUGCUAACUGGUUGUAGUUAUACACGUUCCGCGUUCAACUAAUUAGCAAGUUGGACAUUUUCCGAGUUUCCUAGUUCCGACUAGUAUUUGAAUGCAGCAUAUCAACAUUCUGGUUGGUAGCAAAUAUCUUCGUAUUUAUGUUUUUCUGAAACUGUGUCGUAAAUUGAAUGAGAGAGCAUGUCGCAUGUUGAUCAUAUCAUGAAAACUGAGCUGGGAGAUCUUAAUUCGUCUGAUUUUAUAACAAUCUUGACCAGCUGUUGAGGUUGUGUCCUGGGGCAUUGAAGAGAAGGGCCAAAUAAAUGGCACAUUCAAUUCGCCACUGCCUCGGAAAGCCACUGGAACUCUGCAUUCAGUAUCAAGUCAGAGUAUGAACAAUUUCUUGUUGGGAAAAGGGCACGAUCUAUGGCUGAAACAAGUGUUCCAGUGUACAUUUGCAAUAAACAAAAAUCUAAUAUUGUCA